AUGAAUAAUGGAGACAACAAAUCGAUAUUAGAAAACUCAAAUAAUUCGUUACUAGCUAAUGAAGAUUGUGCAACUCCCACAACACUAGAAGGGUUAAAAAGGAAUGCCGACCCUAGAAUUGCUGCAAUUUCAGGUGCUUUAUCUGGUGCACUCUCUGCAAUGUUAGUAUGUCCUUUUGAUGUUGCAAAAACAAGGUUACAAGCACAGGGUCUCCAAAAUAUGAGCCAUCAGAGUCAACAUUAUACGGGUUUCUUUGGCACAUUUGCAACUAUUUUCAAAGAUGAAGGUGCCGCUGGGCUUUAUAAAGGUCUGCAACCAACGGUUUUAGGUUACAUUCCUACCUUGAUGAUUUACUUUUCCGUCUAUGACUUCUGUAGAAAAUAUUCGGUCGAUAUUUUCCCACAUAGUCUAUUUCUUUCGAAUGCCUCCUCUGCAAUUACUGCAGGUGCCAUCUCUACGAUUGCAACAAAUCCGAUUUGGGUAGUAAAAACAAGACUUAUGCUACAAACAGGCAUUGGUGAAUAUUCCACCCAUUAUAAAGGUACCAUAGAUACAUUUAAGAAGAUAGUUCAACAAGAGGGUAUCAAGGCUCUUUAUGCUGGUUUAGUACCAGCUCUUUUAGGAAUGCUAAACGUCGCCGUUCAAUUUCCCCUAUAUGAAAAUUUAAAAAUCAGGUUCAAGUAUUCAGAAUCGACUGACCUGUCAACAGAUGUUACAAGCUCAAACUUUCAGAAAUUAAUAUUAGCGUCUAUGUUAUCUAAAAUGGUAGCAUCUACAGUGACCUACCCUCACGAAAUACUUCGAACGCGAAUGCAGUUGAAGUCUGAUCUUCCAAAUACUGUACAACGUCAUCUCCUUCCAUUGAUUAAAAUUACGUAUAAGCAAGAGGGUUUCGCUGGAUUUUAUUCUGGAUUUGCUACUAAUUUAGUAAGGACAGUACCUUCUGCUGUAGUAACAUUGGUGUCGUUUGAAUACUCUAAGAAAUACCUAGCUGCUUUUUUCAGUCAAGUGGAGUAA